GAAUGGGAAGAUCGCUUUGAAGAGGAUCGUCUGAUGAUGGAGCGCAUCAUAGUGCUAUUGCGUUACAUCUUCGCUAUACCUCCAACUGAUAGAGAUGGAAUAAGAACUGCGACAGACUCGAGCAGUCAUGACAGACUUAUUUCAGCAUUUCUAGAGUCUGGGAUCGAGCAAGUUUUGAUUCAUAUAGCAUCACAGUCAAAAGAGCGCGAUUUCCACCUCUCCAUUUUAGUCAUCUUCGCCAUGAUCAUAAAGGAACACAACGUGGAAGAUGUUGUUGUUGCUGGUCGAGAUAGAACAGCUGCUGAGAAAGAGGAAGCAGAAGAAAAAUUGCGGGAAGUGGUUGAAGCGGAGAAAGUUCGGCUAGAAGCGCAAAGGAGGAAGAUUUUGGCUAGUAGACAUUCUCGAUUUUCUGGAUCGUAUGUAGUGAAAGGUCUAUCAGCUGUCAACAAAGAAAAAGAUAUGGUCGUGGUCAAGUAA